GCCCCGCAAGCAGCCCCUCUUCCUGCCCCCUCUCCCGGUCUCUCUCUCUCUUUCUCUCUCUUUCCCGGUGGGAUGGAAGCCCCCGGUAAUCGUCGUUCCCGGUAGCCAGGCAGCGGCCCGAGUCGGUGCAGAAUGCUGGGCAUGUACGUGCCGGAUAGGUUUGCCCUGAAGUCGUCAAAAGUGCAGGACGGGAUGGGGCUCUACACGGCCCGCAGGGUGAAAAAGGGUGAAAAAUUUGGCCCCUUUGCAGGGGAGAAGCGAAUGCCUCAGGAACUGGAUGAGGACACAGACUGCAGGCUCAUGUGGGAAGUUCGUGGGAGUAAAGGUGAGGUCCUUUACAUCCUGGAUGCAAGUAAUCCACGCCACUCUAAUUGGCUGCGUUUUGUCCAUGAGGCUCCAUCACAGGAACAGAAGAACCUGGCAGCCAUCCAGGAAGGAGAAAAUAUUUUCUAUCUGGCUGUGGAAGAUAUUGAAACAGACACAGAACUUCUGAUCGGGUACUUGGACAGUGACAUGGAAGAAGAGGAGGAGGAGGAGGAGGAGGAAGUAACUGUUAUCCAGGAAGAUGAAGACAAUGGCAACAAUAAAGAUGUGCAAUCAGUGGGAGAAAAAACUACAGAUCCCCUCACAUGUAAACAGGACCACGCAUGCCCAAACUGUGAAUCCAGUUUUGCCAGCCAGGAGAUUCUAGCUGAGCAUCUUCAGACUCUGCACCAAAAACCCAGCGAGGAAAAGGAAUUUAAGUGCCGAAACUGUGGAAAGAAAUUCCCUGUUAAACAAGCUCUACAAAGACACGUACUUCAGUGUACAGAGAAUAUCAGCCCAGGAGACUUUUCAAGAAGUUUUCAGUGCUCUGUUUGCAGUACUUCCUUCAGCUCAGAAUCGAGUUAUGAACAGCACAAGGAGGCAUGCAGAGGGGAUGCGAGAUUCAUAUGCAAGGCAGAUAGCUGUGGGAAGAGGUUCAAGAGUAAGGAUGCCCUGAAAAAACAUAAAGAAAAUGUUCACAGUGGAAAUUCUAGGAAGAAGCUGAUGUGUUCAGUGUGCAGUAAGAAAUGUUCCUCGGCAACAAAUCUCCAAGAGCAUCGAAAGGUCCAUGAGAUCUUUGAGUGUCAGGAAUGUGACAAGAAAUUUAUUUCAGCUAACCAGCUAAAACGCCAUAUGAUCACUCAUUCAGAAAAACGCCCCUACACCUGCGAGGUUUGCAAUAAGUCCUUCAAACGACUUGAUCAAGUGACUGCACACAAAAUAAUACACAGUGAAGAUAAACCUUAUAAAUGCAAGCUUUGUGGAAAGGGAUUUGCCCACAGAAAUGUUUACAAGAAUCACAAGAAGACCCAUUCUGAAGAGAGACCAUUCCAGUGUGAGGAAUGCAAAGCUUUGUUCCGAACCCCAUUCUCUCUACAAAGACAUCUGUUAAUCCAUAACAGUGAGAGGACCUUCAAGUGCGAUCACUGUGAUGCUACUUUCAAAAGAAAGGACACAUUGAAUGUUCAUAUUCAAGUUGUACAUGAUGGACAUAAGAAAUACAAGUGUGAUCUCUGUGACAAAGCUUUUGUGACACCUUCAGUCCUGAAGAGUCAUAAAAAGACUCACACAGGAGAAAAAGAAAAGAUUUGCCCGUAUUGUGGCCAGAAGUUUGCAAGCAAUGGAACACUGAGAGUUCAUAUUCGAAGCCAUACAGGUGAGCGGCCAUACCAGUGUCCUUACUGUGACAAAGCUUUCAGCAAGAAUGAUGGGUUGAAGAUGCAUAUUCGCACCCACACAAGGGAAAAGCCGUACCAGUGUUCAGAGUGUAACAAGGCUUUCAGUCAGAAGCGAGGCCUAGAUGAGCACAUGAGAACCCACACCGGAGAGAAGCCCUUCCAGUGUGAUGUUUGUGAUCUGUCCUUCAGUCUGAAGAAAAUGUUGAUCCGACACAAGCUGACUCACAACCCCAAUCGACCGAUGGCAGAGUGCCAGCUUUGCCACAAGAAGUUUACAAGAAAUGACUACCUCAAAGUGCACAUGGAGAAUGUCCAUGGGGAAACCGACAGCUAAUUAUGACAUGUGUGAGAAGAAGGAUCUUGCUUUCCAAAGUGCUUCAUUUGUAUGUGUACGAACUCCAGACUUCUCACCUGUCUAGUAAGCAUAGUCAGGAGAAACAACUGUAAUAUGUUCAUGUCUUAUUUUUCCCACUUUUUAAAAUAUUCCUGUAGGAUAAAAUCUAAAGACAGACCUGGUUUACCUGAAGUAAAACAGUUUGAAAUAAGUUGAAGAUAAAAGAAUUUCAGGAAAAUUUUUAUACUCUUUUUUUUUUAAAAAAAAAAAAAAAAAAGCUUUACAGUUCACCUUCUCAAUUAUAGCUUUAAAGACUUAGAUAUUCAUAGUAUUGCCUGGAAAUCCUGGACAUCUGGAACUGAACCCUUUGCUGUAUGCAACUGUAUUUCUGUAUCUAAGCUUCAAGACUCCAUUAA